UAUUGCUUGAGAAAAUUACAUACCGCACCGCAUCACAGUUAUGAGAAUAGUCAAUUCAGCUUUCAAACUUCCCAAUUCUCAAUUCGUUGCCAACAGCCAAGCAUGCAAUCCUUCCGAUUAAUUAAUUUUAUCAUUAUAUAAAUAAAUAUAAAAAUAAAAACAAUCUCGUAAAAUUGAAAAGAAAUCUUCAACAAGCGACCGUUCUCGAUGUCUCGGGCUUCUUUCUUAGCACUACCCGCCACCGAUUAGCCUCCAUUUCUCGCUCUAUCAGCUCGGUCUUUUCUAAGAAUUUUGUUAAAAGAACAAGACAAAGAAGGAAGAUAUUCGAAGAUUCUUUUGAUUUUGAUUUAUUUUAUUUAUUUCAACGACUGCUUGUUUGGUUGGAUUUAGUUGAUUGUAGUAAUCUGAUCAAGAAAUUACCAUGGCGAGCCGUACAGGGGAUCUGGUGAGCCAAGUCCAUCCAGCUCACCAGCUUGACCUCGACGUUUUGCUGCGUUACGCCUCUGCUAAUGUCUCUGGCUUCCCUUCAUCUCCUUCUCAUUUCAAAGUCUCUCAGUUUGGGCAUGGACAAUCGAAUCCGACGUUUCUGUUGGAAGCAGGUUCGGGAGCCACAGUGAAAAGGUACGUUUUGAGGAAGAAGCCUCCCGGCAAAUUGCUCCCGUCUGCUCACGCUGUUGACCGGGAGUUUCAGGUACUCCGUGCAUUAGGUGAUCAUACUGCAGUUCCAGUUCCGAAAGUGUUCUGUUUGUGUACUGAUCCAAAUGUUAUUGGAACUGCAUUUUACAUCAUGGAAUUUUUGGAAGGGCGUAUUUUUAUAGACGCUAAGUUACCGGGUGUGGCACCGGAAAGGAGGAGAGCGAUAUAUCGUGCAACUGCAAAAGCAUUAGCUUCUGUACAUUCAGCUAACGUAGAUGCCAUUGGUCUUGGAAGAUAUGGACGGCGAGACAACUAUUGUAAGCGGCAGAUAGAGAGGUGGGCUAAGCAAUACAUUGCUUCAACUGCUGAAGGGAAACCUGCUAGCAAUCCAAAAAUGUUUCAGUUGAUUGAUUGGUUACGUCAAAAUGUUCCACCAGAAGAUUUAACAGGAACAACAGCAGGCCUAGUUCAUGGGGACUUCCGUGUUGAUAAUCUUGUAUUUCAUCCCAUUGAGGAUCGAGUGAUUGGUAUUCUCGACUGGGAAUUGUCUACUCUUGGAAACCAGAUGUCUGAUGUUGCAUACAGUUGUCUGCCUUAUCUUGUGGAUUAUGGGAACGGAGGAGUGGAUCAAGGUUUUGAACUUACUGGAAUUCCAGAAGGGAUUCCCUCACAGGCAGAGUUUUUGGAAGACUACUGUUCCGCAGCUGGAAAACCAUGGCCUGCUGUAGCAUGGAAGUUCUAUAUUGCGCUUGCCCUGUUCCGUGGGGCAUCAAUUUUCACAGGCAUAUAUAAUAGAUGGCUUAUGGGUAAUGCUUCAGGAGGUGAACGUGCUCAGAAUUCAGGAGUUCGAGCUAACUGUCUUAUAGAUUUUGCACUUUCUUUUAUUGCGAGGAAAUCUGUGCUUCCUGAGUUCCCUCCAUCUGGUAACUAA